AUGUCUGAGCAACAAAAGCCAGCAGAGGCUCCUCAGGGAGAGCAGAAACUGUCGCCGGCGGAAUUGAAGAAGAGGGCGAAGGCAGAGAAGCAGGCGAGGAGAGCUGCGCAGAAGGACCAACAGGGAGGACCGCCGCAGGAGAGCGCUGCACCGAACGGCGAACCAAAGGGAACGAAGCAGGGCGGUGCGCCUGGACCUGCACAGCAGAAGCCAAAGGUGGAGAAACAGCCGCAAAAGGGCGCCCAAAAGCAGAGCGAGCAGGACAGCAAGAAGCAAGGAGGAGCACAGCAGACAAACAUGCCAGUACGGAAUCGAAGAACUUCGCAGAGUGGAGGGGCACCGAGGGAGCAGGUCAAGAAGCAGGAGAACAAGAACGUCGAACUGUUCAGCCACCUCUACACUCAGCCGCGACGGCAGACGAUCGAGGGUGCACCGAAAGAUGUACAUCCCUCGGUGCUGGCACUUGGCUUGCAGAUCAGCAGCUAUGAGAUCUGUGGAAGUACUGCACGCUGCGUCGCUAUGCUGAAUGCAUUCAAGGAUGCCAUUCUGGAAUACAACACUCCAGCUGGGGCUUCGCUUGCUCGUCAUUUGACUUCACACUACCUUUCGCCCCAAAUCGACUACCUCAAAUCAUGCCGACCCAUAUCAGAAUCCAUGGGCAAUGCCAUUCGCUGGCUCAAAAAGCUAAUCGUGGAGAUUGACCCAAGUCUGCCCGACCACGAGGCGAAAAACUACGUCUGUGACCACAUCGAUCGGUUCAUACAAGAACGCAUCACGGUCGCAGACCAGGCUAUUGCAACUUCAGCAAGCUCCCAGAUCAAGAAUGGCUCUGUGGUCGUUACCUACGCCAAGAGUUCAAUUGUCGAGAAGACGAUUCUGCAAUCACACGCAAACGGAACGCAAUUCCGAGUCAUCGUACUGGAUUCGAGACCUCUCUUCGAGGGGAAAAACUUGGCGACGAGGCUCAUGCAUGCUGGUUUGCAAGUCGAGUACUUCCCCUUCUCAGGCAUCGCUCGAGCAAUGUCAGAUGCGACCUUGGUCCUGCUUGGGGCCCACUCCAUGCUCUCCAACGGCCGUCUCCAAUCGCGAAUCGGCACCGCAUCGAUCGCCAUGGCCGCACACAGAGCCGACGUCCCCCUCAUAGUCUGCUGCGAAUCCGUCAAAUUCAGCGGCAAAGUCGUCCUGGACAGCAUCGUCAUCAACGAAGUCGCACCAUCCGAAGAGCUCUUACUGCCUCCCUCAAAGACUGCCCCAACACCCAUCAAAACCGACAAGGACGACGAAGACGAGGAGGUCAAGCUGAAGAGCUUGCAAGACUGGAAGGAGAUUCCGAAUCUCCAGAUUCUGAACCUCAUGUAUGAUACUACGCCGGCGGAGUAUAUUCGCAUGGUCAUUUGCGAGUACGGGAGUGUGCCGCCGAGCAGUGUGCCUGUGGUGCAUCGGUUGGCCAAUGAGGGGAUGUGA